AUGGCAUCAGAAUUGGUUUUAGCGACUAUCAUCGCAGUUUUGUUUUUGAUCAAGCUUUUCUCUAUUGCGAAAAACUUUAUCUCUCCACUCAGAUCUAUUCCUGGCCCGACACUCGCCCGCUUCUCUGACUCAUGGUAUGUCUGGCGGAUGCAACAGGGACACUUUGAGCAAGACAAUCAAACGUUGCAUAAGAAAUAUGGACCUAUUGUUCGUUACGGACUGAAUCGGUAUAGCUUCAAUGACCCAGCAGCAGCAAAGGUCAUCUAUUCUUUGGGUGGCACCUCAUUUCCAAAGUCGUCCUGGUACGAUUCGUGGGUCGCCCCAGGAGAAGUCAGCCUUUUUGCAGAUCGGCAUGCGAAGCGUCAUUUAAACAACCGGAAGCUGUUCCAGAACACGUACUCAAUGACAUCGCUCAUAUCAUAUGAGCCUUUUGUCGAUACAUGCGCCGACAUAUUCACAGAAAAGCUCAAAGAGUUAUCCCGUCAGAAUUCCCCCAUCGAUAUGGGACAUUGGUUCCAGUGCUACGCUUUCGAUGUGAUCGGUAUGAUCACAUAUGGCAAGCGGCUGGGGUUCUUGUACCAAGGUGUCGAUGUUGGCGGCGUCAUGAAGGCUCUGGAAGACUUUCUCUCAUAUGCGGCCCCCGUGGGAAUCUACAGCAAGUUCCACUCAGUCCUAUUUCCUGUGAAAAAUUUCUUCGCUGGCUCAAAAGGCUCGGGUCGGGCGUACGUGAUUUCAUUUACCCAGGAUCGACUUGCCGAGCAACUGGCAAGAUUCGAGACGGUGGAUGAAAAGGAUAUCAUGACUGCAGAGCCCUUCAUGGCCAAGUUUAUAACUAGCAGCCAAGAACAACCAGAGAGAUUUACACGUCGACAUGUCACCAUGGGUUGCGUUGCUAAUAUGGUGGCUGGGUCUGAUACAACAGGCAUAACCCUUUCUGCAAUCCUUUACUACCUCCUCAAAACGCCAGACAGCUUGCGGAAAUUAAGGGAAGAGAUUGACGCAUUCACACGUGAAGGAAGGUUAUCUGAACAUCCAACAUUCCAUGGAACUCAGCAGAUGCCUUACCUCCAGGCGAUCAUCAAAGAAGGAUUGCGUCUUCACCCGGCAGUAGGACUCCCCCUGGAACGUGAGGUUCCUGCAGGCGGAGCGAAAAUUAACGGACACUACUUCCCUGCCGGUACAAUUGUCGGAAUAAACGCUUGGGUUCGACACAGGGAUGAGAGCGUCUUUGGUCCAGAUGUCGACGUAUUCAAGCCAGAACGAUGGUUCACUGAGAAAGAAGAUGUCACAGUUAUGAACCAAAACUGGAUGCCGUUUGGUCUUGGGUCUCGAACUUGCAUUGGGCGGCAUAUCUCCAUGUUGGAAAUCUCCAAACUUGUCCCGCACAUUGUAAGGGACUUUGACAUUACCUUUGACGAGGACAAAGUACAGGGGAAAGAUCGUUGGCAAACUUCCAAUUUUUGGUUCGUAAAGCCAAAGGGAUUUGUUGUUAGAGUUACUCCUAGAGCUUGA